UCUCUCGCGCUAUGACGGCCAGUGCGGAGGCGCGGGGGCGGCGCCCAGGAGUCGGGGUAGGAGUAGUGGUGACCAGCUGCAGGCAUCCUCGCUGCGUCCUCCUGGGGAGGAGGAAAGGGUCAUUUGGAGCCGGCAAAUUCCAACUUCCUGGGGGCCACUUGGAGUUCGGUGAAAGCUGGGAAGAAUGUGCUCAAAGGGAAACCUGGGAAGAAGCAGCUCUUCACCUGAAAAAUGUUCACUUUGCCUCGGUUGUGAAUUCUUUCGUUGAGGAAGAGAAUUACCAUUAUGUCACUAUUUUAAUGAAAGGAGAGGUGGAUGUGACUCAUGAUUCAGAACCAAAGAAUGUAGAGCCUGAGAAAAAUGAAAGUCUUAGUAGCGGCACACGGGAUCUUCACUGUGGCAUGCGGGAUCUUAGUUCCCCAACCAGGGAUCGAACCUGCGUCCCCUGAUUGGAAGGCGGAUUCUUAACCACUGGACCACCAGGGAAGUCCCUAAAGUUGUUUUCUUAAUUGCUUACGUUUUCAAAGUUAUAUACGCACAUUGUAUAGUUUACCAUUUACAAAUCUCAUUUUCUAUUUUAACAGACUUUUUUUUAAGAGUGUGAGAGGAGCCCAAGUGAAAUUAGUGUAUAUUCCUUGAACUUAUGAAUUUCACAGUUUUUCCUACUCCUGUUUGAUUACUCCAUAUCCUUCUGUUGCUUGCUCAUUAGUUUUACUCCCUUCCUCAACUGACAUAAUCCUUGUUUGUCCCUGGCUCCUCCCUAAAUGAUAGACAUGGGAGGCUUGAUAAGAAGAACCCAGGCAGCCUUGUAGGUGAAACUCCUCCAUGGCUUUAUCCCAAAUAUAGUUGAUUGGGAAUUCAUUGAGAUAUGUCUUUAUGCCAGUACUUAUCGAAGCAGCUGUUUUAUAGUUUCAGAAACUUAUCACAAACCUGAGGAGUUUUUUCUGUCUGCUACUUUUCAAUUUUUAGUAGACAAACUCAUUAGGAGCUUGUGAGGUUUUCCAUUUGUUUGUUUUAAAUUCACCAAAUUAGACAUGAAGGUCUAUUUCAAUGAAAAGAAAAAAACCAACCUGGGCCCUUAUUUAUAGUAAAAAGUAAAAAGCUAAGUUUCAUGUUAGAGGGGGAUUGCACUUACUCGGCACCCAGCAUGCUCAGUGGCAUCCAAUAAUCACUCUGUAAAUUUCUCUCUAAAAGAGUGAAUGACCAGAGCAGGAUUUAGAGCUCUUUAAGUAAGCAGUUAAUUCUUAAAUGUUUUGAGAAUUGCCUUUAAUUGAAAAAACUACUACUACUCGCAGUAUUCUCAUGAAAUGUCUAUACCUCACUCUGCCAGGAUACUGGCAAGUCUGAAAUAGUUCUUCAUGUAUUUGCUAAAUCAAGCCCCGAGGUGUCCUCUAUCCCAAGAUAGGCAAGUGCUCCUACACUGACCCUCACAACAUCCGAGCAGAGGUCUGCCCAGCGGAGCAUCAUGUGAAUUCGGCCUCCCUGAGAUCCACCUGGAAGAGGCAGUUCUUCAUUAUCUGGACUGCCAGCUUUCCAGAUAAGGCAAAUAUUCCUUCAGAUGAAAUAUUCUCUUCUUGGGGGCAUCAAGGAUCAUUUAGGGAUCGUGGAGAAGGAGAGCUCAGGGAGUCAUCUGUAAGGGAGGAAACAAAGUCUUCCAACAUAAACUCAAUCAUAUAUUGAUGCUGCCUCUUUUAUUUUUAAAUUAUUUAUGUUGUACUUAGAAAUCAGUGUUGCACUUGAGUAGUGCUUGUGAAAAAUGCAAAUUAAAAAUAACAGUAGGCAUUGACUGAGAGGUGUGUACUAAGCUUUCCAUUUUAUGUACCUCAAGAAAUUGAACACGUAAGUUAAGGCCCCCCAUAAACAUUUAAUUUGCAUCUACUAUGUGCCAAAUAUUGUGGUAGAUGCUUAAUAAUAUUUACACUGUAAAUUGAAUCUAUCACACUUC